GCCAAUUUUUCUUUUAUCACUUAAAUAACAAAUAGUUUGUAAGUAUCUUCAUUACCAUUAGUAUUACAAAAAUAUAAAAAUUUUUUAUUUUUUCUUAUUAAAACACUAAUAAAUAUGGAGUCAUACCGAGGGCAAGAGGAGUUCGAGGAACAUCUCUUAAAAGAAGUCAAGUCUUUUGUGGGCAAAAAUUUUACAAAAGCCAACUCUAGGCAUAAAGACGAGUUAGAGGAUAUUUUCGACAAAAUAUUUUUCAGGACGCUAAAAACACAUAGGCUACUAGUGGAAAUAAGUAAUAUUACUGGCAUAAAAGGUGAAACCAUAGAAAUAAUAGCCAGGAGUAUACUGAGGUUCGCAUAUAGAGAACAUGAUAAUGAUGUCAAAAGAAUUGGAAACCAGAAUAUUCGCCUUCGUUCAUGGCUGCGGCAGGCGCAGCAAAAACCUUCAACACAUGAUACACAUCUAGAUAAAGAAAUAGAAUGCGAGUUAAAAACACCAAUCAAAAACGUCUCGAAACAAAGAAAAACGCCAAAAAAUAAAAAACGUGAAAAAAAAUUAGUUAAGGAAAUUGUGCUCCCAACAAAAGUCGAUCAGUUAUCGAUCCAAAAAAAUUCUGGGGCUCAAAGUACAACAUCACGUGACAUAUUAUUUUACGACAUACCAUCAAGAUAUAGUGAGGAAGAGGUGGUCAAUGCCAUAAAACAGUUAGGCGAGGUACAUAGAAUUAGGAUCAAAAAACAUUACAAAUACCAAUCAGUAAGAGCGGACAUAUCAUUAUUGGAAGACUAUGAGAACUCCUUCUUGAAAGGAGCGUGGAAGGAGAAAGUUUUAAUAGGAAGCAACGAAAAAAAUAAAAAAAUCAUUGACAUUCGUUGGUUCAAAGGAGACAGGACAGUUAAAGAUAUAAAAGAAAAAUGCAAAUGGAAAGCUUACAAAACAGUUUUCUUGGCAUACUUUAAAAAUGAAGAUCAGUCGAAUAGUGCAAUCACUCUGGACGGUGGAAUCACAGAUCAAGCCUGGAUUAUUCACGGAAAGCGUCAAGAUGGUGUGCCAAAGAAGUCUUCAAAAGAGGAUCUUCCAAAGGCCCUUAUCAGUACGGUUCCGAAUAAUAAAAAAGAAGAGCAGAUGACAACAAUCAUUAUGCCAACAACUAUUAAAGAUAUAACCACGGAAGAGGUAGUUGAUACCGUUAAUAAAUAUAGGAAAAACCUGCUAAAUGAAAAGCAAGUUAAAAUGAUAUCGCCUCCACUAAAAGAUUACACUUCUAUGGAUAAUGUGGUUAGAAUCAUAGAAGAGUAUAGAGAAGAGAUAAUGGUUGAACAUGGAAAGGUGGCAUUCAAUAAUACAAUAAUGAUUGAAUCAUCAAAAGAAGAUAGUGCUGCUGAGAAUAUAAGAGUCGGAGACACGAAAAAUAAUAAUAAAGCUAAGGGUGCUUUAACUAAAAACGUUGUCAACGACAAAAAAGAUAAGUCAGUGUGCACCAAACAUGGCGAAAAGAUAGUUACCCCAGUGGAAUUACAUGAAUACACCAAAGUCAACGCUGAUUGUACUAAAAGACUACCAAAGAAAAGUGAGUAUCCAUUUACUCUUUCAAAUCGUAAUCCAUUUGAUAUAGGUAAAGGUAGUGAUUUUACAUCAUCAUCGGAUGAUGAAGAACACAUAAAAGAAGUCAAGAAGCGUAUAAAGAAAAAACAAGGAACGCGCAGUGACGUGGAAUACGAAGAGUCGGAAGACGGUUUCAGAGAAGUUAAAAAAGAAAGAAGACCUUGGGCCGGGAAGCCUGGAAGCAGGAUGGGCCGAAAAAAGAAAAAGGGUCAAAACAAAAAGUAG